AUGUCUCUCAAGUCUAUUUCGGCAAAAGAUGCCGCCUCGCUUGACAAAGAUCUCAUGGACAUGGGCGGCUGGUCCCUCGACCAGUUAAUGGAACUGGCAGGCCUUUCCGUCUCGCAAGCUGUAUGGAAAGUCCACCCACUCAGUGCAGGCCCAAAUGUCCUCGUGGUGUGUGGACCCGGUAACAACGGCGGAGAUGGUCUCGUAGCAGCCAGACAUCUCGCACAAUACGGAUACAAACCCUCGGUCUACUACCCAAAAGAAGGGAAAAAUGAGCUAUACCAGCGCCUAAAAACCCAGCUUCAUAACCUCUCCGUCCCCUUCACCACAGAUUUCGGAGCUGCUCUCAAAGGGACAGAUUUUCUAGUCGAUGCAAUUUUUGGUUUCUCGUUCGGUGGCCCACUCCGUGAUCCAUUUGGUUCUAUCAUCUCUCAAAUCGAGACCGCUAAUAUCCCAGUGCUCAGUGUCGAUGCGCCUAGUUCGUGGGAUAUCCAGAGUGGUCCACCGAAGGAGGGGCCUGGUGCGAAAUUUAUGCCGCAGGCGCUUAUUAGUUUGACAGCACCGAAGCCUUGUGUGAAGUUCUAUUCAGGGCGGCAUUUUAUUGGAGGGAGGUUUUUGUCGAGAGAUAUUACGGACAAGUAUGGGUUGGAUCUACCCCCAUACCCCGGGAUCGAGCAGGUUUUGGAGGUCAAGGUUGACGCAGAGGGAAGACUUUAA